AUGGCCUCUUUGGCUCCACAACAAUGCUGCGCGGUGGGCGUAAAGCAUGAGGGCGAGCCCACCGGAAAAUCAUUCAAGAUUGGUGACAUCGAGGCUUACGUCGCAGAGCCAACUGGAAAGACAAUCCACAAAGACACAGCUAUUCUAUACCUUCCUGAUGUCAUCUCCAUCUGGCAAAACAGCAAGUUGAUGGCAGACCAAUUCGCCGCCAAUGGAUACUAUACUCUUAUCGUCGACCUGUUCAAUGGUGACCCAGUGAGCCUCAACCAACCAGAAGGCUUCGAUUUCAUGAGUUGGUUGACAAAGGGAACUGAUGGUAAUAAUCCUCAUACUUUCGAGCAUGUCGAUCCUAUCGUCGAGAAGGCAAUUGCCUACUUGAAGGAGCAAGGCUUCAAGAAGAUUGGUAGUGUUGGGUACUGCUUUGGUGCUAAAUACGUUUGUCGAUUCAUGACUGGUGGAAAAGGCAUUGAUGUCGGAUACGUCGCCCAUCCAUCUUUCGUCGACGAAGAGGAGCUUGCUGCCAUCACCGGCCCCUUGUCAAUCGCAGCCGCAGAGGUCGACCAGAUCUUCCCCACCGAGAAGCGCCACAAGUCAGAAGAAAUCCUACUCAAGGGCAAGAAUCCAUAUCAAAUCAAUCUUUACAGCGGAGUUGUCCAUGGAUUUUCUGUGCGUUGCGAUACAAGCAAGAAGCAAGAGAAGUUUGCGAAGGAGCAAGCUUUCUUGCAGGCUGUUACUUGGUUCGAUGAUGGUAUUCAAACUGUCAUUCCUUCCUCCGAUCACUGGAUAAUAAUUGGCUACAUUAGAAUGACCUACUAUAACCAACCAAGUUAUUUUGCAUACCAUUUGAAAGACCUCACAAAGGCGAUCAACACCUCGUUCUCCUCCUCAACCGACUCGAACCUACCUCUGCCCGAUGGCCUGGUUACCAUCAUCCACGCCUACCUUGACAAGCAUGCCACUCACGACGAAUCCGAUGCCCAGCGCCUUCAAGAAGAGCUGCUUACCUUCUACCAAAACUCAAUAUUGGAUAAACACGCCCACCUCGCGGCUUUCCUAGCGAUCCUUACCUUCCUCAAACCUGCCUUUCGUGGCUCAGGGCGACUCAUACAAUGGUGGGACAAACUAUCUACACCAGUUCUAAGCAACUUGGGGCAACAGAAAGGACUUGUAGAUGCGGCGCGGGAUGCACUGCUUGCAACUUUGGUAUACGAUGAGGAUGAUGGAGACAUCGACGAUGCCAAAAUGUCUAGCAAGGUGAUGGCAGAGCGUUUGUUGGCAUUGUGGUUGGGGAAAUCAAAAAAUGCUGCUGAGGAUUUUGACGUUCACUCACGUUUCGUCGAAGGACAACUCAGUCAAAUCUUAUUGGCGUAUGGCAAGAAAAAACCCAGAGACUUCCUGACAAUAAUUGAUACCUUCUUCCGUGAGAAGUCGAACCGUAUACCAACACUAUCGCUAUUCUGUGAAUUUGUACGACAUGGACCACCUCAUCUCGAUCAGAUCCUGGAAACACCACUUUUCGAAGAUUUGCUUCGUUGUUUACAAGUUGACACAUCGACAAGAGUUAUAUCUCUAUCAAUCACAGCACUGAUUAUGGUAUUGCCACACAUACCAACAUCUGCUUCCAAACAUUUACCAGCUUUGUUCAAUAUAUAUAGUCGACUGUUAUUCUGGGACCGGGAAAGGAAAAAGGACGAAGACCGUCCGCUUAAAGUCGAGCAUGGAAGCGAUGGCACAAGUACACCAGCCAAUGUGGAAGGAAACAGACACUGGGACAAGUUAUCGUACUUACUGGAGAAUGACGAUGAAACAGUACCUGAAUUGCUGCAUUAUUUCACAUUCUUAUAUGGACUCUACCCAAUCAAUUUCAUGAGUUAUAUUCGAAAACCCCAAAGGUACUUAAGACACGCGAAUUUCCCUGGCGCAGAUGACCUGGAUGUCGAUCCUAUUGAUAUACAGCAAAGAUCGGAAACAUUCCGUCAAGUCCAUGCUCUUCAUCCGAAUUUCUUCAAAACAACCCUCGAGAGCGAACUUACGGACAGUAAUCGAUGGAUGAAGAGUGCGGCUGCAGACGUCGUCGCGGAGUGUAUGUCAUUAUACUGCCCUGUAGAUGACGUUGAAGGUGUCCCUACGAGAUCUCAGCGAGCACCAAAGGCGCCAGAGCAUGCAAAUGUUCCCGAUCAAGAUCCAAUUACUCCAUUCCGCAAAAGCAGUUGGAGAAGUACCCAAACACCAGAAGCUGCAGCAAACACUGAUGACCCUCUACCCAGGCGAAGCACAUCGCAGAGGAGUCACUCUAUUUCUAUGUCACCUGGGUUUCGCCCGGUUGAUAUGAGAGCUGACAGUCCCAUAAGUCCUGCGAUAUUGACUUCUCCGUCACAAAACCAACUUCAUGAACUUGUCAACACACAAAAUUCUGUACGAGGAAGUAUCUACCAGACGCUCACCAACGAGUCCGUUACAUCACUUGCCCUUUCAAACACCCAAGAGACUCCUGCAAUGGCGUCAAUUCCCAUCGAUGCCUACCUUCAUUCUCUUAAUUCAAGAGAUUUGACUGCGAAGUCCACUCGUUCUCCAUCGCUACGCCCUUCGUCUAAUGUUGAUUCUAACAUGAAAGUGGCAUAUCUUCAUCGUGAGAUUCAACUGUUACAGAAUGAUCUGAACUUUGAGAGAUACCUCAAGCAACAACAUCUCACCGCCAUUGGCCAACUUCGAAAUAAGCAAAUUAGGGAGGCGAGAGGCGACGCAGAAAUACAGAAUUUGAUCAUGUCAAACGCCGUCCUGAAGUCAAAGCUGGCGGAAGCACGAUCUCACAGUCUACAACAGAAGAAAGAGACUGAGAAAAGCAAAACGCACUCGAGGAAGUGGGAAGGUGAGCUCGGUGCUAAGUUGAAGGUUCUUAGAGACGAACAAAAGAAGUGGAACAUAGAGCGGGAUGAACUUAAGAGAGAUUUACAACUUGCGAAACAGAGGACGGAAAAGCUCAAGCAGAUUGUAGUCACUAGUGAGAGGCGGGAAUUGGCUGCCAAACAAAAAGUGCAGUCGGUCGAGUCGAAUUUAGAUGAGAUGGAACACCUGCGCGACGAGAUUGAUAAACUUACUACCUCACUACGAUCAUAUGAGGCGGCAGAGUUUGAGACCGAGGCGGCGAAGACAAGUGAGGAGAAUGCUUUAAGGCGGGUUAUGGUGCUGGAAAUGGAAAUACGUGCUCGCGACGAUGAACUUGCUAAAACUAAAGAAGCUUUUGAAGAAGAGUAUAACGGACGUGAACAACCGCUGGACAGUCAUAGAGACAUCCAGGGCAUUAGCCAAAGACUCAUUGAUGAGGCUUUGGCAGUGAACAAUCGACGAAUGGAGCACAUGCAAAAGGUGUACGAUCACUUGUUGGAACGAUAUCAAACUCUGGAGCUUCAACUGGUCGAUUUGCUAGACUUCAAACAGCAACACACUUCUCGGGAACCACAGGCACUACUUGGUGGUGAAGCAUAUGGCUCUAGUUUCAGUCCUACCAGACACGUCGAUCCGAAUAUCAUGACCGACCCAUCUGAAAGCGCCACGCUCCUCAGAUGUAGACAUGAUAAUGCCGACCAUCAGUCUCGACCGUUCAGUCCUCAAUCUGUGUCGAGUCCAGGGGGCAAUGGUAGCAUAGACAGCGAUAGAUUGUCUCUCGAUGCGCAUGGAAAGGUCAAGCCGAGACCUCUGAAUUUCAAGGCACAGGCUGACACGAGAGUAUACGGUAGAGGCGGCGCGCAAAACGUCGGAAAGGCAAAAAAAGAGAAGACAAAGGAUGGGGUUAAGGAAUCGGAGUCUAAAAAGGACAAGAAAAGUUCUGGCUUUAAAAGUUAUAGAGGACUGAUCUAG